AUGCGUUUCGUGUCAGCGCUCGCCGUCGCGGCGGCCACUGUCAGUAGUGCGCUUGCGCAAGACCUCAUUUUGGGCUUCAACUCCGGUGCCUCUGACGAUACUGGCAAGGCGAAGACACAGAAGGACUUUGAGAAGGAGUUUACCACCGCGCAGAACCUCGAGGGCGCACCUGGUAACUUCAGCGCCAUCAGGCUUUACUCCAAUAUCCAGUGGGAGACGACCGACACACCCAUCGCCGCCUUCCCUGCUGCCAUCGCAACGAACUCCAAGCUCCUCCUCGGUAUUUGGGCGUCAGGAACGGACAACAUCGACAACGAGCUGAAAGCGUUGAACUCCGCGGUUGAGGAGUACGGAACAAAGCUAACGGAUCUUGUUAUCGGAUUGUCUGUCGGUUCCGAGGAUCUCUACCGUGUAUCUGAACCUGGUAUCCGAAACAAGGCUGGUGUGGGUAACAGCGCCGAGAAGAUCGUCGAGUUCAUCAAGACGGCGCGCGAGCGUCUUGCCGACACCCCUCUCAAAGGUGUGAAGAUUACUCACGUCGACACCUGGACUGCUUGGGUAAACGAAUCGAACAAGGCUGUCAUCGACGAGAUUGACUUCCUGGCUGUUAACGCUUUCCCCUUCUACGAAUCCGAGCUUGACAACAAGAUUGACAACGCCGGUAAGCUCUUGAGCAGCGCUAUCAGCGCAACUGAGGGUGUCGCAGGAGGCAAGGAUGUCUGGAUCACCGAGACCGGCUGGGCUUACAGCGGCCCCGACUUUGGGGCUGCUACAUCGACUGUAGACAACGCGGAAACAUACUGGAAGGAUGUUGGUUGCGCGCUGUUCGGCAAGAAGAACGUCUUCUGGUACACACUGCGCGAUGCCAACCCUGCAAACAAGGUCAAAUUUGCAAUUUCUGAUAAGCUGUCCACCACUCCCCGCUUCGAUAUUAGCUGCCCAGAGCAGAAGGAGCUUCCAUCGGCGGAGCCCAUCGGCAACAACGGUACUUCGACUGAUGACUCGUCGAGCAGCAACUCGACCACAGGCGGUGGCAACAACAGCAACAAUAACAGCAACGGCGGAAACAACAGUGGAAACGAUGGUGGAAACGAUGGCGGAAACGAUGGCGGAAACGACAGUGCUCAGCCGUCUGGCGCUGCCGCGCCCAGCGGUACCGGCGCGGGAGCUGCUACCUCGGUUUCGGUCAUGAACUCGAUGGCCAUGGCCUUGUCAGUCGUCUUUGCCAUCGCUGCCUGGGCUUUGUAG